AUGGUGUUGGGCGCCGGGCCCGCCUCGCCUGUCUCGGGGCUGCUUGUUAAAGAGGUUGCAGAACUUGAAGCUAAUUUACCUUGUACGUAUAAAGUGCAUUUUCCUGAUCCAAACAAGCUUCAUUGCUUUCAGCUAACUGUCACCCCAGAUGAGGGUUACUACCAGGGUGGAAAAUUUCAGUUUGAAACUGAAGUUCCUGACGCAUACAACAUGGUGCCUCCCAAAGUGAAAUGCUUGACCAGGAUCUGGCACCCCAACAUCACGGAGACUGGUGAGAUAUGUCUCAGCUUACUGAGAGAACAUUCGAUCGACGGCACCGGCUGGGCCCCCACAAGGACGCUGAAGGAUGUUGUUUGGGGAUUAAACUCUUUGUUUACUGAUCUGUUGAAUUUUGAUGAUCCACUGAAUACUGAAGCUGCGGAACAUCAUUUGUGA